AUGUGUACGGAAUCCUCCGGCUCUGAGUUUCUUCUGUCUCCCAGUGUUGCUCGACAGCCGGAGAGCCACACGAGAAAGGCAGAUGAAUUUAAGCAACAAACGGAAUCGUUUCCAAGCUGUGGUAUUUUGUACAUCAGCCAACUCCACUCCAGAAGACUGGAAACAAAGACUGCAUUGCUGCUACAAAUAAGAAAGAAGCACACGAUUCGUUUGGAGAACGACUGGGAAUAUGAAGUUACGGAACAAGCGACCACAUUUGGCGCUGUCGAUUUGUUGCCUGCAGUAACAGUAGUUUACAUGUGA